AUGUCUACGGAAGACCAGAAUGGAGUUCCUCUUCAAAGGGGGUCUGAAUUCAUUGCAGACGAUGUGACUUCGAAUAAGUCCAACAACACCAGGCGAAUGCUGGUGAAAGAAUACAGGAAGAUCGGUAGAGGUGCCUUCGGGACCGUUGUACAAGCAUAUUUGACCCCAGAUAAGAAAAAUUGGCUGGGCCCCUUUGCCAUCAAGAAAGUCCCUGCUCAUACAGAGUACAAGUCGAGAGAAUUACAGAUUUUGAGAAUUGCUGACCAUCCGAAUAUCGUAAAGUUACAGUAUUUCUUUACUCAUUUGUCCCCUCAGGAUAAUAAAGUUUACCAACACCUUGCCAUGGAAUGUCUACCAGAAACUUUACAGAUUGAAAUUAACCGCUUCGUUACCAAUAAACUAGAGCUGCCAUUGAAGCACAUCAAACUGUACACGUAUCAAAUCGCACGCGGGAUGCUGUAUUUACACGGUCUUGGUGUGUGCCAUCGUGAUAUUAAACCCUCCAAUGUUCUAGUAGACCCAGAAACUGGUGUUUUGAAAAUAUGUGAUUUUGGCUCUGCUAAAAAACUAGAACAUAAUCAGCCUUCAAUUAGUUACAUCUGUUCAAGAUUUUAUAGAGCUCCAGAAUUGAUCAUUGGCUGUACCCAGUACACCACCCAAAUCGAUAUUUGGGGGCUUGGUUGUGUCAUGGGUGAAAUGCUUAUUGGCAAAGCUAUCUUUCAAGGUCAAGAACCCCUCUUACAACUACGGGAAAUUGCUAAAUUACUGGGUCCUCCUGAUAAAAGAUUUAUUUUCUUUUCAAACCCUGCUUAUGACGGUCCUUUAUUUUCCAAACCACUAUUUUCGGGCUCUUCCCAACAGAGGUUCGAGAAGUACUUUGGUCAUUCCGGUCCAGACGGUAUCGAUCUUCUGAUGAAAAUACUAGUUUACGAACCACAGCAAAGAUUAUCUCCGAGAAGAAUUCUUGCCCAUCCAUUCUUCGAUGAAUUAAGGAAGGAUGACGCUUUCUUGCCAAGAGGCUACGCCGAACCAAUCAAACUACCAAACUUGUUUGAUUUUAAUGAUUUUGAAUUACAAAUCUUGGGUGAAUUCGCUGAUAAAAUUAAACCUGAGGAAAUUAUUGAAUAG